ACUACACCCUUUGGGAGUUUCUCCCCUGUUCGUAAACAGCAUUUCACAUCUGUGUUUGACAGACGCGGAGAACAGCAGACUGUUCCACAAUCAUUACUAAAAGGAGGCUAUGUAGGUGAAAAGUUAAGGCAGAACCUGCGACUCCAGUUAUCCUGACCUUCUUGCUUUUCAAUGCAACAUACAGCCUCGACAUACAGGGUUUCUGGAACAGAAAGAAGUUUUCAGUAUUGGAAUUUAUGUAAAAAAAAAAAAAACCAAAAGGGAUUUACUGAGAAUGGAAGCUAGUUAAUAUUUGAUAAAUGCAGAACAUUUGAAUUAACUCAAAUUGAUGCAUUGGUCUCUAUUGUCUGAAGAAGCAAAGUUCACUGCUCUUUUUCAAAAAUAACCUCAUAAGAGACAAAUAAUUUAAAGUACCAUUUGGAGAGCCACAUCAACGAUCUGGAAUAACUGGGGGCAAACUGGAAGCAAGCAUCAACAAAUGAAGCAGCAGCAGCAGCAAACGAGCCACAGUACAGAAAAAGAAAUCACAAAGCAAGCAUGCAGAAUGUAUUUCUAAUACAGAAAGCUUCCUACCUGGGGACUGUGUCUCCGUAUUUGAAGGCACAGCAUCCAGAAAUGGUCUUCAGAUCUAUCAUCUGUUAGGUAUCUUCAAAGCAUGAUGAAAAAUCAAGAGUUACUUUCAAAAGCCUGAUGUUAACAUACCAAGAAAAAAGAUGGAAGAAAAAAUAUACAACAAUUCAACCAACAGUACAACUGCUAACCAUAAACAUUCAGAAGGACACAGUCUUUGGGAAAUAAUUACUAUUGCUACUGUAACAGCCAUUUUAAGUUUAAUAACCAUUGUGGGAAAUGUUCUUGUAAUGAUAUCCUUCAAAGUCAACAGCCAACUCAAGACAGUGAACAAUUACUAUUUACUCAGUCUUGCUUGUGCAGACCUUAUCAUUGGAAUAUUCUCUAUGAAUCUUUAUACGUCCUACAUAUUAAUAGGUCACUGGUCUCUUGGAAGCCUGGCCUGUGACUUGUGGCUGGCACUGGAUUAUGUAGCUAGCAAUGCCUCAGUGAUGAAUUUGCUAGUUAUCAGCUUUGACCGCUAUUUUUCUAUUACAAGACCAUUGACCUACAGGGCUAAGCGCACACCCAAAAGGGCUGGUAUUAUGAUUGGCCUGGCUUGGUUAAUUUCCUUUGUCCUGUGGGCACCAGUAAUCUUAUGUUGGCAGUAUUUUGUGGGGGAGCGAACUGUCCCACCUGGAGAAUGCCAGAUACAGUUUUUGUAUGAACCUAUUGUUACCUUCGGUACUGCGAUUGCCGCUUUCUACAUCCCAGUUUCCGUGAUGACAAUUUUGUAUUGCCGUAUUUAUAAGGAGACUGAAAAACGCACCAAGGACCUGGCUGAACUUCAAGGAUCCAGCUCAGUGGCUGAAUUUGAAAUGAUAAAGCCUCAGAAAGCUCUCUUAAAGUCUUGUUUUAGUUGCAAGCAGCAAAAUUUGGUCAAAAGGGAAAGAUGCCAGGCUUCAUGGUCUUCAUCCAGCCGAAGUACAUCUGCAACAGCAAAAGUAUCUCAAAUCCAAAAUACUUGUCGUGACUAUUCUAAGGCAGACCAGCUAACUACCUGUAGCAGCUAUGCAUCUUCAGAGGAGGAAGAUAAACAUGCCUCUGAUUCUGUUUUUCAAGUAGCUUAUAAGACCCCAGCAAAAGGUAAUGAUGAAGACCAUAAAGAAGAGAAAAGGGAAGCUUUUAUAACAGACCAGUCUAGGGGAACGGACUAUGAAACCCAGAAAUACUUUCUAACACCAACCAAAGGUCAUGUUCAAAAAAGUAAUAAAUGCGUAGCUUAUAAGUUCCGCUUGGUGGUUAAAGCUGAUGGUACCCCAGAAACCAACAAUGGCUGCCGAAAAGUAAAAAUAACUCCAUGUUCUGCUUCUUUAUCCAAGGACCCUUCCAUCAAAAGCAUGGAUCCAAAUAUAAACAAUCAAAUCACUAAAAGAAAAAGAAUGGUUCUUAUAAAGGAACGCAAAGCAGCCCAGACUUUAAGUGCUAUUCUUCUAGCUUUCAUAAUCACUUGGACACCUUAUAAUAUAAUGGUUUUGGUCUCCACAUUCUGCUCCGAUUGUAUUCCUCCAACACUGUGGCACCUUGGAUACUGGUUAUGCUAUGUGAAUAGUACUGUUAAUCCAAUUUGUUAUGCUCUUUGUAACAAAACUUUCAGAAAAACAUUUAAAUUGUUGCUCUUUUGUCAGUGGAAGAAGAAGAAAAUGGAAGAAAAGUUAUACUGGCAGGGUAAUACAAAGCUACCUUAAAGAAAAAUAAUUGAGUUUGGCCAAGCACUGUAAAUUGGCUGCUAGACUUUCUUUAUAAAGUUGUUGUUUUGCAUGUCUGGAGAUACAAGAAGCACAAGUUGUAUGGUGGUGGUAGAUCCUUGUGGCUUUGAAGAGCAAUCAUAAUAAUGAACAUUUUAAUACUAAAAGGAACAGUAUUAAUGUCAACAGUCAUAGAAGGUCUCCUGUCCACAUUUCAGCAAGAUAAAGAAUAAGGUACCUUAAUGAUUAGUGAUGGACUAGACCUAUAGAAUUGAUCAGAUCCAUCUGUCUGGAAAGUAACACUACUUUCCACACACACUCCUUCUAAAACCCUAAAGCUUUGUCCUCUUUACUUAUAGCUCCCCAAUGAAACAAGGCUUGACUCACUUACUCUACAAAACUCUCCAAAUUGGGUGGAAACAAAAGGAAAUAAAAGGGCAGUGUUGAGACUUUAAAGAUUUUAUUCAAACUUUUUUUUUUGAGUGAAUUGCAAUGCUACUAUGUUUGGAUCAUUAGUUUUUCUGUAGCAACAGACAGAAAACUUGUAGGGCGUACAUGAUAUGAUGUCUUUUGAAAACAGAGAAGCCAUUUACAAACGCCAGAGAAUGCCAACUGCAAAGAAGGGUUAUUGGAUAUUUCUGAAGGAGUUUUGUUUUACUUUAAUGCAACAUAUUAGUCUGAGCUUUUGAUUAUAAAACUGACUACAUCUACACUGCUCAUGACUGCCAUCCAGUACAUGCCUUUUAAGAAAAAAGAUAAAAUAGCUUAUUGACUUUUUUUAUUACCACUGUCAUGGCAUCUGAUCCUAAAUACAUACAGUAAGUCCUGACUUGGGUAGCCCAGGCUAGCCCUAUCUUGUCAGAUCUCAGAAGUUAAGCUGGGUCAGCCGUGCUCAGUAUUUGGAUGAGAGACUGCCAAGAGAAUUCACCUCUGAACAUCUCUUGCCCUGAAAACCCUACAGGGUCUACAUAAGUCAACUGCUACUUGAUAUCAUUUUAUUCCUAUACACAAGGCUGUUUGACACCUCUGCAUGCAGUUAGCACAUUAUUUCCUGUACUGACUUGGCUUUUGAACAGCCUACCUUUAAUUUCUAUGGGACAUUCAAACAUGAAUAUUAAGUAUUGUCGAAGACUUUCACGGCCGGAAUCACUGGGGUGCUGUGUGGUUUCCGGGCUGUAUGGCCGUGUUCUAGCACCAUACAGACCGGAAACCACACAGCACCCCAUGAAUAUUAAGCAUUGCAGUCUUAGGUGAUAAUAUGACCUUCAUUUACUUAUAGGUGAGGCUCAUUAAAAGGCACUAGUGCCAUUAAAUUUGUUGUUAGGUUAUGGUUUUUGAGAAUUGAAUUUUAUUCUCUAGUCUUUCAUACAAGUGCAAGGAAUCAAUUCAUUUGGUUACUGGCCUGUUUACAAACAAUAUAUUAAGAUCAUCCCAGAGGUUUGUUGGUCUAUUCCAGAAAAAAAAGUCCACUGGAAUCUUGUGUCACUUUACAGAUUAACAAUAUUUUAUCACAAUAUAAACUUUUUUGAAUUGGAACCCACUAUCCUGAGAAGUGUGCUCUGCUCCAUGAAAUCUUAUACUGGAAUAAGAUUUUGUUAGUUUGUAAAUUACCACAAGACUCCAGUUCAUAUUUUAAAAGAUUGAUUUUGCUUAAAGAUGAAACAGGUCAGGCUUGUAAAAUGUGUAUGCUCAUAAUCAGAAGGCUAGAAUGAACAUACCUUUUAAUCCAGAGUUUCACAGAUGUUUUAUUCAUUUGAUGGUUUUGAGUCAGUUUUCUCCAUGAAUCAUCAUGACAUUAUCUAUCAUUGUUAAACAGAAAUAACUAUGACAAUCAGAAAAAGUUAAUAUUCCACUCGCCUACUUCUCCAGGUGGAAGCUGACUACCACACACACACACACACACACACACACACACACACACACACACACACACACACAUGCAGAAAACCUUUAUAGACCUUAAUGGACUUACACCACCCAAAAAUGUGGCCUCCGUCCAAGCCCUGGGCCACAGUGCAACUGCCUGUGAACUGGGGGAGUAGAAGCUAACUAAUAUUGGCUCCUCCCCUUGUGGCGGCAUGCAAUUGGAUGUCAGUGCAACUCUGCUGCAGCUCCAACUUCUGGGUGUCACUGCUACAGAAUUGAGCGUUUGCCCCUUCCUGUGACAGGAGCGCCCCUUGCACCAGUAGAGGGAGAAAACGUGUCUUAAGACUGGGCCUUAAAUCCCCAGCAAUUGCCCACAUAGCAUCAACUUCAAAUUGCUGAAGCUAAAAUGAGAAAAAAUAUUUAUUUGAUGGCUAUUUUAGUUCCUCUAUACAUAACAAAAAGAGAAUUUAUGACACAUAAGUUGUGUUGCAGCAUGUCCAGCAGGGGCUGAUGGGAUUUGUAGUCCAUGAACAUCUGGAGAGGAACAGGUUGCAGACCCCUGGGAUGGACAGUAAGUGAUCUGAGAAUUGUAGUCAAAAUCAUCUAUCAAAUCAUCUAUCAGUACUGGCACAAAGCUCAAGAGUAUUACUGUGUACAACAUAGUAUGAAAAUAAGGUGAUGCUUACAAAGCUAAAUGUAUAAAUAAUUCAAGUUUACAAAUGUUAAAAGACCUAGAAAUUCUGUCCCACCUCCCUGAUCCAUUCAUUUAUUGGCAUGUCUGGGAAAUCUAAGUGCACCAGAAGUUCUCUACUAGCAAGGUUUUUCCUGUUCUGUUCAGUGAAAGAGGACAGUUAUAUGCAUGCCAUGGGAUACUGCUCAUAUGAUAAUACCUCUUCCAUUGAAGCAAAUUCAGAAGACUAUUCCUCAGGAGUUCCAGUUACAGACUGGCAUAUACAGGCUCCAGGUUGGGAGCUAAGGCCACAGUUUAGCACUAAGAUGAAAUCAAGUGCUAAGGUGCAACUAGGACAUGUUGAUUACUAGAUUCAAAACAUUAAAGAUCUACACUUCCAUGAGAUAAAUUCAGUUUUGUAGUUCUUUAGAUAAUGCAGCCCUUAGACAUUCAUAGUUUGACAGAUGGCAGUUCAAAGAUCACAAAAAUAUGUAUCCUGAUCAAACGUUCAAGAAUGUACUA